AUGUCGUCGAAGAAUCUGGUCGAUUUAGGAAGGGGGCACAAGUCCAAGAAAGGGCUCCCUUUGCUCGUCAGCCGCCUCUAUGAUUUCGGGAUAUCCGUUCCACCUUUAGUAGACUACUUAAAGACCAUUUUAAGGGAAUAUAGUGACGGCCAGAUCAUAAAGGAGCUUGUUCAGAACGCCGAGGAUGCCGGCGCAGAUACUGUCAAAUUCCUAUAUGACGUACGGCACCAUGGGACCGAGACACUGUACCGAGAUUCUCUAGCACCUUACCAAGGUCCAGCCCUCUACUCCUUCAACAACGCCAAGUUCAAGAAAGCCGACUGGGAUGGGAUUCAGACACCUGCCCGCAGCAAGAAGAAGACGGAUCGCUUGAAGGUUGGACGUUUCGGCAUUGGAUUCAACUCCGUGUACCACAUAACAGAUUUACCGAGCAUCAUGAGCGACCAAAAGCUGGCAUUCAUUGAUCCAUUAGAGGAACAUUUUUUUGACAAGCGUGGUAGAGUCAAAACUGGAUGGCAAUUUGGUCUCGGAUCCGACAGCGACAUAUUCUCGAAUAACGAAGACCAGUUUCAACCCUAUCACAACAUAUUUCCCGGAGUAACAGGAGGAAUUUCGACGGGAUAUUUCGAUGGCACGUUGUUUAGAUUUCCUCUGCGGCAUACCGCAAAUAGUUUAAGUGACAAAAUAUACAGCGAUGAAGGCACAUUAAGCGAGCUCCUCCUGGCUUUUCGAGCCGAUGCUGAUGUUGCUAUCCUGUUUUUGCGCUCUUUGAAUAACAUCGAGGUGUUAAAGAGGCCAUCCGGUCUGCAAGAGCCAUCACUAGUUGUACGAGUUCGAAGGGAACACGAUCCAGAAACACAUCCACCGGGAAAGGAAUUUUCUUUACGUCUAGAAAGUUACUGCUCUGAUGUCAGUGGGCGCAGAGGGCCAAUCAAGUUGAUUGAUUGUGUGACAUUCACUACCGAAACACCGGAGGCAUCCAAGGCACAACGCUGGGUUGUUAGUCAUCAUAUCGCGGGUGAUAGCAUGUCUCGAGAGCUUUCCGAUUUGGCCGAGAAGCAAAGUUAUCUCCCGUGGGCAGCUGUUGCUAUUCCCGUGAGUUCUUCAGAACCAAGCAAUGUAGCAGGAGAAGCAGAGGAUAACAACAUUGGUAGAGUGUUCUGCUUUCUUCCCCUGCCACCUGGUGAGGAGAGUCAGACGGGUUUACCAGUUCAUGUGCAUGGAUUCUUUGCUGUCAAUAGCGAUCGCCGCGGGAUCAAGUGGCCCGGACCUGACCAAACGGACACUCCAGCACAAUGGAACCAACUUCUUGUGAGAGAACUUAUUCCCAUUGUAUAUGUCGACGCGAUCAAAUACGCCAUUAGUAUUCACACCUCCCAGGAUAAAGUGACCACCGAUUGCAUCUAUCGAUCGUGGCCAGAUCAUAAAGAGGUUCGUGGAAACUGGGACAUUCUCUUGGAACCAUUCUACAAUGCUCUCUUCCAGGAAACUAUCAUACAUAGCGACAAUAAUGGGUGGAUGAACAUCGCAGACGUCCACUUCAACGAAUUGAAUGUGGAUGAAGAUAUGGAAAAGGCCAUCCUCAAGUGUUUCAACAUCAAAGGCAUUGCAUACGCAAGGGUUCUCAAUGUGUGCAGACAGGCCAUCAGGAAGUUCUACAAAGAUCAGAUAUCCACUGUUUCUGCUUCCAGCCUUUGCCGUUGCCUCCGUGAAGAUCCUGCGAUUUUGACCAAGCUCAAUGCUGAUGAAAAGCUUCUGAUCCUUGAAUUCAUCUUGCGAGAGGACGCCAGACAGGAUCUGGAAGGAUUAUGUCUUCUUCCUCUCGAUGACGGAAGCGUCCACGUCUUCUCGAGUUCUGAUGAAAAGAAAGUGUACAUACCAACCACCAAGUUCCACCGGCAGCUUAUCCUAGGAGGAAAUCAUCAAUUCAUCAGAACGGUACCAGAGGACAAGCCGCUUCAUGAACUCCUGUCCAAUAUGGAUGGGCGUUAUCAGCUAAACGCAUUAACCCUUGAUGCAGUAGCUGAGCUCUUGAAGACCAGUAUGAAAACUCGGAUAGACGAUCAAGGGACCUGGGUACAAGACACAGACGGGCCUUCUCUAAAUACAUGGCUUGAAAAGGUCUGGUCAAUGCUGUACAGAGAGAGUUCAAGUAAGUUACUUCUCUUUGAAGGUAUCCAUCUUGUACCGUUGUUUGAGGCCGAUGAUGAGGGUAGAAGAUUACUACCACUGUGCCCAAAGUCGGGAAUUAUCCAGAGAAGUCACCAAAGUCUCACAUUGACAAAUGAUCUGGCAAACAUUCUACAACAGCUUGGAGUGACAGUCACAAACUGCCCUGAUUAUGUUCUCCGCCAUCCAGCUAUCAUGCGUGACGAAUAUAUCAAGAUGCCAACAUCAGAAGGGGUAGUUAAAUGCCUCCUGCUUUCAGAUGUUGAACUACUGGUCCAGAUAUUCCAUUCCUUCUCCACCAUUGAUAGAGAUGUUCUCGUAGAAUAUCUUGCACAGGCAAAACUCUCCCAUGAUGGUAAGAAACUUCUAAGUUGCCUACCACUAUUUGAAAGAGUCGAUGGAACCGGAAGUUCAAACAAACCUUUAGUCACCAUUGAACAAUGCGAAGGGUACAUUGAUUGUUGCCAAGACGAUAUUCCUGCUCCACUGAAGUUGACGGGGCUCUUGAUCGAUGGAAGAACAAAAUCUAAAUGUCUGCUACAGAAGUUAGAAGUCUGUCUAUUAUCAAAAUAUCAGGUGAUAAUGAAAAUCUUGGAAGAAAUUCAAAAAGGGCUAUUGUACACCAAGCAAGAAAAACAGCUCGUCUUGCAGUGGAUAAUGGAGCACUGGGAAGAUAUCAAGAUCAACUGCAAGUCCAGCGUAGGCAUUCUGCGUCAUAUGAAAUUCAUCCCCAACAAGAAUAAUUCUUUACUGUCUCCCUGUGAACUCCUUGAUCCAAGUGAUCCAUUGCUUGACGAACUGUUUGCCUCUCAAGGAGUAUUUCCGAUGGCACCAUUUGAUUCACCUCAGUUCAUAGUAGCUUUCAAACAGUUUGGCAUGCGUGAACCAAGUGAAGUUACUUCAUCCGAGUUGAUUACAUGUGUUGAGAUGGUUGAUGAAUCUCAAAACCCAGAAAAGGCUCGAACGCUACUAGAGCUCCUCACAAGUAACCAAAGCCUUCUCGAAAGAUCUGUCAUUGAUCGUAUGAAACAGAAGCAAUGCAUUCCUUGCAGACAGUCUCAUCCAGAGUAUUACCCCUCAGCUAUUGAGUGGUAUGGUAAACGUUCUACGAGACUGUCAACUCCCCGUGAAAUUCUGAGAGAAAAGAAGCUAGAUGUACUGAUAUGUGGAGCCUCUAGAUGCUUUACUUCCCAGGAGGACGAGAGUCGUUUCUCUUCAGUCUACACAAAGAUUGGAAUGAAUAUCCCAUCUCCAGUAAUUUCGGACGUCAUGACACAGUUAGAUCACUGUGUCAGGUAUGCAGAAGACAGAACUGGGGAAGAUGUUACUGAUAUAGUACCAAUGCUUAAGGAGAUCUAUUCAUUUCUAAUGGAAUCGUGGCGCCAGGACAAGAACAUCAAGAACCUCAUCCUCAAUCGAGCUAAAGUUUGUAUCUGGAAUGGAAGUGGCUUUUCGGAACCAAGCAAAAUGUGUGUGGUAGAACCUCCGUUUCAUUUGGCUCCUUACAUGGCAUCUAUUCCGCCAUCUACUAUUGCAUUUGCAGACUUGUUUGAAGCGCUAGGAGUUGAAAAAAACAUGGCGGCAAACUCCAAUGCUCUGGUUGACAUACUGCAUGAGAUCAAAAAAAGAUGUGACGAUUCAGAAAAUGAUGUGGCCUUCCAACAAGGACAGCGCCAACUUGUACUGCAGAUCCUGCACCAUCUACGUGCCGAAGAAGAGCUCUCAGAAGAAGCUGUGUUACGAUUACUCGUUCCAUCGCGAAAAGGAGAAUGUCGUCUCAUUCCAGUUGAUGAGAGCGCAUACGUGGACAGAGACUGGUUGAGACAAAGCACCGACAAUGAGGAGAUGGAUGACGAUGAAGACUUUACUUUGAUUCAUUCAGAUAUCUCAAUGGUCCUUGCAAUAUUCCUUCAUGUCCGACCUGUCAGUCGACUUCUUCUAGACUCAGAAGAAUUGCCCGUUUUUACACAAGCUGGGCAGCAUGAACCCUUGACUACUCGCUUGUGGAAUAUUCUCAAGAACAACUAUGUGGACACCGCCAUCGUUAGUGAAAUGAUACAGAAUGCGGAAGAUGCAGGAGCUCAGGAAGUCGGCUUUCUCAUCGACAUGAGAAAUAACGAAAAUGCUAACCAGAAACUAUUCGAUCCUGAAAUGAAGUCUUGUCAGGGACCAGCCCUUUGGGUAUACAACGAUGCUGUAUUCUCAGACCAAGACUUUGAGAAUAUUCUUCGGCUUGGAGGGCGUACCAAGGAAAAGGACGCUAAAAAGAUUGGGAAAUUUGGGACCGGUUUCAACUCGGUGUACCGCAUAACUGAUGUUCCAAGCUUUGUUAGUAGGGACUACAUGCAGUUUUUCGACCCUCAUACCACACAUCUCGGAAGCGUUCUCCCGAACAAGAGUCAACCCGGUGUACGUCUCAGAUUGAAUAGCUCCAAACCACUCCGGAGAUUCCCAGAUCAGUUCAAGCCAUUCAAGGGAGUGUUCGGGCUCAAUUUCAGUGGAGGAAAUGAGCCAUUCAACUACGACGGAACACUCUUUAGACUGCCCCUCCGUUCGAAAGAAGCUGCACAGAAAAGCCAAAUAUGCAAGGAGAGCUACGAUGGGGAGAAACUGAUCAACCUGAUGCAGAAAAUGUGGGAAUCAUCACAAAACCUCCUGGUGUUCACCAAAAAGGUAAAGAAGGUUGCCCUGUUCUACCUUUCUGAGAAUUCUAGCGAUCCUUCGAGGGCUGAGGAGUUACUCACCAUACAAAAGACUAUGCGAUCUCCGAGGAUGAAGGACGAUACUACCGUCGUUUCAACUGAAUCAAUCCACUGCACAAUGACUGCAAAGGGAAAUGAAAUGAUGUCACAGAAACCAAAAGUUAGUGAAGACCUGGACAUUGUCAAAGUGAUAUGCAAGACUUCAGAACAGGCAGCAUCUCUUGCAAAAUCUCCGGAUGGCAAAGAGUGUGGACUUUCACCUGAAGGUGCGGUUGCCUUUCCUUUUCAUAGACCACCAAUGUCUGAAUUUGAGAAGCAGAUGUACUGCUUUCUCUCCCUCUCAAUUCCCAGCUUGUUCCCGGUACAUAUCAACGGAUCUUUCGCUGUAAAAGAGGAUCGGCGGAGUCUUCAUAUGCCAGUGCCCGAUGGAAGGUUGAUAUCUGAGAAAUGGAAUCACAUACUUCUUACAGAUGUGAUAUGCAGAGCGUACGUUGCACUCUUGUCUGACAGUGAGUUUAUUCAACAAGUGAAGGACACAUACGGCACAGAUAUGUCUCAUGAGGAGUUGUGGCCAGAUAUUGAUGACGUACCAAAUAAUUCGGAAUGUUCGGUUCUGUUUGACGCUUUCUACAAAGCAAUAGUACAUGGGUUUGAUGGCCGUGAACCAUCAUUGUUCUGGAAAGAUGGCAAAUCGCAUCAGUUCACGAAUGUUGUGUUCCUUAGUGAAGAAGUUCAGAAAGAGACAUCAGUCAGUGAUGUGGUAACGAAGGUACUACGCGACCAUCUCCCCUCAAUGGAAGUGAUGUCGUUGACCAAGAAAACGUGGAGAGCCCUAAAGAGAGUACAGGUGAUAGAUGAAGUUCUUAAGAGAACUUAUGAUUUCAACAGGUUCUUCAAUGAAGUUUUUCUACCACACAUCAGUCAGAUGCCCGACAGCAUCCGAAAUCAACUGGUUUUGUUUGCACUCAAUAACAGUGAAGACACACUACAGCAGAAACUAAAAGAUGUAAAAUGCAUACCAGUAGAGGGAGGAACUGAACUGCGGAAACCUUGUGAUCUAGUACACCCGAAAGGCAAAGCUGCACCUUUGUUCUCGGAGUCCGAUAAGGUUUUCCCUCUGAGAGAAAAAUUCACUGACAUCAACACAUUGGCGUCACUAACUAAGCUAGGAAUGAUGAAAGACUAUCUUCAUGAAGAUAUUUUCGUCGAGCGAUGCGAGACUGUUCACAUUCUACAUUCAAGCUGUAUGGAAGUAGCUCAAGCGAGAUGCCAUGCUGUACUGAAGUAUCUGGCGGAGAUGUUGGGGAGUGAUUGGAAUGAGAAAACACUCCUCAAAGAACGGCUUUCGAGUAUCCCAUUCUUGCCUAUCAUGUGUAAAGAAAACAGAGAUCCAGCUCUACCAUGGGUGGAAACAGACUGUGCUUAUGCAUCUGCUAACGAUGUGUACUCUCAUUCUAAAAGAUAUUUGGUAAGCAGCACAUCAAACGUUGUGGAUGAAUCAGGAGUGUGGAAGCUUCCAAGGAAAGUCGAGCACUGUCUUGGUCUUGCAGAUAAAUAUCCCUCUGUUCAAGGUGUACUCAAGCAGUUCUCGAACUUUCGUAGUCACUACGAAAUGAAUAAGGAAUCCAUUUCUGAUAAUCGGUUACAAAUGAUAAGCGAAGCGGUCUACGAACGUGUUGAAAUUGCUUGUAAAGAAAAUAGUCCAGACAUCUCUAACGAAGAUCUUCAGAAUCAAUCGUUCUUCCUUGUAGAUCGCAAGUUUGUAGUGGCCUCUGUGGUUGCCGAUGGAGGUAGAGAUCUUCCACCGUAUCUAUUUAAAGCUUCCCAGUUCCUGAAACAAUAUCCCAUUCUUCUGGAACGUGCAGCAUUGAAGAGGGAAUUUGAUGCCGGAGACUAUCAAGGUGUUCUCCAAUCUAUACACGAGGAUAGCAGUGGGGAACCUUUAGAUGAUGAGGUCUUGGAGGUUGCUAUCCUAGCUGCCGAUCGACUUGCUAGUUUCCUCAAAGAUGAUGAUGGGAGACGGCCUCUAGAUGCAUUUCUUCCAGAUGAGGACAAGUGCAUGAGGCCUAUAUCAGAUCUCUGCUACACUGACGUUGAUUGGUUUGAAUACGACGAAAUCGAACUCCAUAAGUGUCACAUGAAAAUCAGUUUUAUGCUUGCAAAGAAGCUAAAAGUGAAGGAUGUUCGACAACAGAUGCUCCAGUUAUACGAUAUUGAUUUCCCAGGGGAAGAGUUUGGCCAACAUGAGAAACUUACAACCCGUAUAAAGCGGAUUCUCGAUUCAUACCCAUCUGAUGAAACAAUUCUGAAGGAACUUCUUCAGAAUGCUGACGAUGCCGGAGCAACUGAAAUCCAUUUUGUCUACGAUCCUCGCUCACAUAAUGGAAAUAAACUUCUAGGAGAUAGCAUGAAAGCUUUGCAGGGUCCUGCUCUUUGUGUCUUCAACAACCAAUCUUUUACAGAUGAAGAUAUUCGUGGGAUACAGAAUCUUGGAGAAGGUAGCAAAGCUGAUCAUAUGGGAAAAAUAGGCCGUUAUGGAGUCGGUUUCAAUGCGGUGUAUCAACUUACGGAUUGCCCAAGUUUCAUCUCUAAAGGUGAACGAUUAUGCAUGUUUGACCCUCUGCAGAAGUAUAUUCCGGGAGCAACAUCGACUAAGCCGGGCCGUCAGAUAAGGGUUAAUGGCAGUGUGCGUUCUUCCUAUCCAGAUAUCUUUCAAUGCUACUUGGAAGACAUUCUUGCAGAUGGAGAGCAGGACUAUACUGUUUUUCGUUUUCCAUUGCGGGAGAAAGCUUCAACACUUAGCAAAAACGUAUGGCGACCUGGGGAGAUUUGGAAGCUACUACAAGACUUUGAGAAUGCUGCAUUCGAGAGUCUUUUGUUUCUGAAAAACAUCACUAAAAUCAGCAUUUCAGAGCUAACAAGCUCAGGAGUGAUUGGCUCUACUCAUGCUAUCACAGCAGAGAUUACCGAAGUGGAAGGUGAAAAGAAAAUGGAUUUCUUGCGCAAAGUUCAAGAUAUCAGCAGAGCAGCCAAGGAUGACAGUACCUGGCAACCAGAACCAGCAGAAGUCAUAUACCAGAUGAGAUUGAAAGGAAAAGGAAGAGAUGAGGAUUGGGUAAUAUGUCAGCAAGUAGGAAGUGCAGACACGGCUGAAGAAAACAUAAUGCGAAAACGUAAACUACUUCCAGUGGGGGCUGUUGCUGCCCGUCUGACAGGUAAAAAAGAGGAACUCAAAGGAACGGCUUUCUGCUUCUUACCCCUUCCCAUUGCAACGGGACUUCCAGUUCACGUACACGGAUACUUUGCCUUAGACCAUGAGAGUAGAAGACACUUGUGGGAAGGUAGCAAAACAGAUGAACAAACAAAGUGGAACUUUCACCUCAUCCAGAAAGUUAUUGCACCGGCUUAUGUGAAGUUGCUGUUGUGGAUACAGGGAUUCUUUGUCAGGAAAUAUGAAUGGUCAGGAUCGAAGUCAUGUCAACAAAAAGCUCACACUUUGAAACUCCUUCAGAAAUACCAUACCUUCUUUCCUAACAUCGGCGAGAAAGGGUCUUACUGGAAAACACUUGAAGCCACUGUAUACGAAAUUGUUGCCUCUGAAGCCCUGAUGCUAUUUCCUUCUCUAUACAGAAAAGAUGAUGACAACAACGACUUUUUCCUAACAUGGAAGACCCCAGUCGUGCACAUGCAGCCUCCAGACGAAUCAAAGGUGGGAUAUUUCAACACACUGCCAAACCAAAUGAGUGAUCACUUCACAUUCCCUACAAGUAGCUCCUCGAAGGCUGAGAUGCAAGAAAAUGUGAAAAAACUGAAGGAGACACUGAUCGAAAUCACAUUUCCAUUACUAGAGUCUCCGACAUGGAUAAUGCACCGUCUCCGCAAAGCAUGCAAGCAUCUCAAUCAGGAAACCAUGAACCAUGAAUCAGGAAACUAUAAAGUUCUUGAAGUUCUACCUUCAAAUGUGGUGUCUUUCCUUUGCGGAGACAACCCCCUUCAGAGGCAAUUACCAAUGACACUUUCAAAAUCAAGGAUCCACGACGAGAAGAGACUGAAGGGACUCAUAGCUUACUGCAAGAAGGGAACACAAUCUAACUUCAAUGAAAAUCUCCACAGACUGCCAUUGCUCUUCACUCAGGAUGGGAACUUGAGGAGGUUAUCACGUGAUGAGCGGGUCUUUGCAUCAGAAUUCUGCGAUCUUUUCAUUCCUCAGAGUCAUAGGUUUCUACAUAUCAACUUUCUACACACUCUACCACGAAAUACCAAUGUCUUUUGUGAGCUUGAUGUGAGAGCAGUAUCUGCGCUUCUUGAUGAUUGCCACCCUUAUCUCGAGUGUGCUUCAGAUGAAAUAAUAACGCUUCAGAACCAACUUUCAUCUGAAUGGUUUGAACGUUUGUGGAGUCUUCUUGAAUCCUUAUGCACAGAGACGAACACGUUGACUGAUGUUGCUCACGAUAUCAGAGCUGAACUUGGCCGUUGGGCGAUAUUACCUGUCACUGAAACAAAAACUCAGUAUCCUCAGGAAAUUAAGCUUGUGGCACCUAUCAGUUUAUCCUCUACAAUAAUAGUCCAACCAACCGAGUCGGAAAAGAGAUGGUGGCCAAUCUACUCAGCACUUGAAUCACUGAACGUCUACAAGGUCGAGAAAUGCAUUCUUCGCGAAGACAAGAAUAGCUUAAUACAUCAUCUCGUCACACACAAGGGCGAUAGCACGAGGGUUUUAGAUGCCUUGAUGUACUGGGUUGAUAGAGACGUCAAGAGAUUCAGAAACCUCGAAGCUGAUCAACAUGAAGAAAUCCUGAGAUUCUUAAGUAACUGUGGAAGCCAAGCUGAUCUCAAAAGGUUGAAGAGCCUGCCUUGCUUCAAAUCGAUUGCAGGUGACUUUGUCAGUAUCAGAGGUUUUGACACAGUUCUUGUCCUCCCAAGUAUGAUUCCAAAAAAGGAACAAGAUAAAUGGACUAGUACUACUCGCGCUAUAUUUCUGCAGUACAACACAUCGCUUCAAUCUCUAUACAAGAAGCUAGAAUUGACUGAUACAACAGAGAUUGACGUGUAUGUACAGUAUAUUCUGCCGGUCUUUGACCAACUCAGCGAGGACAGUCGUCUUGAACAUCUUGUGCGGAUUAAGAAAUUACUACUACCGCUACCCAUUGAUAACACAGAUAGGUCCUUUAGUGAAACUAGGGAGGAAGCUAUUCGGAGAUUAAGAUUAAGUCACCUGCUUUUCAUAACCGGUGAAAAUGGGGAAUUGCUGAAGGCCGUGGACUUCUAUGACCCCCAAGUCCAGUUAUUUUCUCUAAUGUGGAACGAGGUCCGGUUUCCACCAGAUCGCGUCAAAAAUUCUUUAGGACUUCCAUUCCUUCGAGAAAUAGGACUACAAGUUGUUAUUACUAGAGAAUUAUUCCUCUCCUUCGCCCAGCAAGUACAGAAAUCACAUUCUGACCUCGAAGAGAUGAAAGAGAAGUCCAAUGCCCUUGUGUUCGAACUUGGAAGGACAUGUGACCUUCACAAAGACUCUUCUCUCCUACAGGAAGUCAGUAUGGUUGACUUUCUUGUUAGUGACGGGAUCAGCCAGGAGAUGGAAUCUAUUCAUCCACCCUUCAUGAAGAAAGGAACUCUCAUGAGGUAUUCUGGAUCAAGUUCUUUCGAACACACACAACUUGUUUGGUCCACCAUUAGCGUCCUGCCAAAAUAUGCGGCUUUAGAGAAAUGCUACUCUUGUAACAAAACGUUCGAUGAGAAAAUGGGCGUUGCACAGGAACCCGAAUUUAUGAUCGUUAUCCAGCAUUUACGGAAUAUAUGUAACAGACUCCAAAAGAAGAAUGACCGGAAGAUAUCUUCCCCUGAAGAUCUUGCAGGUGUACUACAGGAAAUACUGACAUUCGUUUCCUCCAAGUGCGCAAGACAAAACUGCUCUGAGGAAGACCCCUGUGAAAGGUGCUGUAUCAUCAGAGACGAGCUGCGAAACGUUCCUGUCGUCCUUUUGGAGCUCGAGGAUGAGCAUCGCUUAGUCAUUGCAGAACAGAUCUCGUGUACAGCGGAUGAAAAUCUAGAGCCUUUUCUCUACCAGCUGCCAAACAAGUGGGUUCCUUUUUUAAAGGUAUUUCAAAUUCUUGGCGGAACAGUGAAACCUUCCAUACGCCAAUAUGCUUUUGUUCUUGAAAGCCUCUACAGAAGGGGACCGAGUGCAUGGUCAAACCCAAAUGUAGACAUUGUAGACAGGGCCACGUUUGGGCUUCAUGAAGAGUUAAUAAAGACCGAUCCUGAACAGAUAGCUGCUGCAUUUGUUCCCGGACACUCCCUGUAUCUACCUUCAUGUCAGCAAAGGUUGGAACGAUCAGAAAGCCUUCUAGUGAAUGAUGUCGACCACUACACAAACCGACUCCUUAGAUCUAAUCAACCACUCGUCAAGAUAUUUCCAAGUCAUGAACGAAUCGCACAAAAAGCUAUCGCCAGGCUUCCCGAAAGGAUGAAACCGAAAGCAGUAAGCACGGAAGUAAAUGAAAUGUUGAGCAAGACUGGUAACGAUUCACGAAAGUGUUACUUGACUGGAAACGAACCGUGUGGGUUUGGAAGGAGACUUCAAAUCCUGCAGUCAAAGGAGUUUCUUGAGGCGGUUUGCUCCAUCAUGAGACACAACAGGCGGGCAGUUGACGGGGAGACCAGGAAACAGUUUAGAGAUCUCCUAACUAGCCUGAAGAUUACAUGUAUCCAGCAGUUACAUUCGAUUCUGCAAAUCAAUGGCCAAGACAUAGAAGGUAGUGAAACCAAAGUACCUUCCUUCGUCAACAGUGAUAAUGAGCUGUUUGUACAACAUAGUGAAGUAGGAAAUAGGAUGGUAACGCUAGUAAGUGUUGCAAUCCAUGUCAACAAAGUCCUUGGAAAUUUGUUUGAGGAUAGAAAUUAUAUGUCUAUACUGCUAUCUCAAGAUUCUUCAGCUACCAUCCCAGAAGCAUUAGCGAUGUUCGGCAUUGCUUUUAUGGAAGAUGACACAAAUUUAAAGUUGCCUAAUCCUGGAAGUACUAUUCCAGAACAGCUCUACCAUCUCAUGGAACAAAACCCCUGGACGUCUUUCAGCACAGGCGAUUACGUAGGGUACGCACAAACCUAUGAAGACGGUGACUACUACAUAUACGCAGUAGUGGUCAAGAGGAUAUGCAACGAGUCGCUCAAGUCAGUUUAUCUCAUCGACAUUGGAAAGGACAGCCCGAUAGAGGCCAAUGUGUUGGACAUGCACAAGAUUCACAUCCCGAACUACACAUCAUGUAUGGAGCCUGUUCUAUCUGACCAAGUAAACUCAGUUGGUGCUGGACCGUGUUUUUCUGGUCAUCGGGAAUCAUCUCUUCUAACGGAUGUUGAAGAAGCAAACCGACAGGUGACCGCAGAAUUGGAGGAGAUCUGGCAGCUUCCAGCGGAGCUGACAAAGAAGGCUCUCCCCCGAUUGAUGCUAAAAUGGCAUUCCGACAAGCAUCCAGAAGGUCCAAAGGAACUGUUUGACAAAGCAUUCGAACAUAUCAAGAGUGAACUCGAAAAUUCAUCAUAUGAAGACCUUCCCAAAUUAGCUGAGCAGAGAGCAAGGGAAGACCAACAACGGUAUAAUCAAGGAGAAGUAGCAAGAAGAUUCCCAAAUAUCCCCAAAGCACUCCUUUGGCUUCGCCAGGGACAGGAAGAUCUCCGCGCUGCCCAACACGAUCUUAAACCACACGAUGAGCCGUCACUAGAGUGGGUAGCGUACAAGUGCCACCAGAGUGUAGAAAAGGCCCUCAAAGCUGCUCAACUUGCCAUCAGAGGAUGUCACAGUAAUACCCAUAGCAUUGAUGGUCUAGCCCGUGACGUCAGUGAACACGCGAGUGAACACGUGCGUGAACACGUACAAUCUUCAGAAUUUCUCCAGAACAUAUGCCAGCUCAGCUCUCUCGUGGGUGAUCAACAGGCUCGGUACCCGGAUAGUUGCGCCUCUUCACAGAUUCCUCACGAGGUCUUUAUAGACCAAACCAAAGGUGAGGAAAUGAUCCAGCUCGCCCGUAAUAUCCUUGCAGUCGUUGAAUCAUCAUUGGUUCCGUCGAAAUCAUGA